AUGGAGCAACUGGAUCGUGAGAUCAAUCGCUGGUCCAUCACCUUCAAGCAGAAAAAUGUUGAAGAGUCCUUCCUGGCAUCGAGACGCAUGGGUUUGCUGCGUGCCAGCUUCUGGUCCUGUGUGGUGUUGACAUUACUGUUGCUUGUGAACAGUGUCUACUUGGUGCUUUCCUUCAUGAAUGGUGACUUGCAAGUCUCAGGAUUGCGGACGGUGUUGAUUCAUCGAACUUCCUGCACUGGAGCUUCCUUGAUUUGUUGUUUCACCAUAGUUCUUUGCCCCUGCCGCUCCAGCGCGUGUUGUGGCCUCCAUGUGCGACGAUUGGAGCAAAUGGCCUCGGCCUCUGCUUGCAUUUUGAUGAUAGCGGUCCAACACAUGGAUUGGCACUAUACCGGCAAGUUGUACGGCAUUCCGGACGUCCGGUUUAUGGACGACGAUCAGCUGUGCUACUUCUAUUCCUCUGACACCAGGAUGAUGCUUUCAUGGAUUGCACUCUUGACUUCGUCACACUUCUUCAUGAACAUUCGUUGGUUUAUGCUCCUGCCAUGCGAGAUUGCAGGUGUUCUUAGUUACGUCUUCUGUGCUGUGCUUGGAAGUCCAGAAGGCAUCUUCAAUGUCCCCAUGAAUUUGGCCCUCUUCAGCGGCAUCACCUUGUUGGCGUGCACAGCGAAACGACAGCUUGAACGCCACGAGCGCUAUUCCAUGUUGCAACUCAUCAACGAGAGGGUUCGUCGCUUCGAGAGUGACUUCAAGUUGGAGCAGGUCAGGAAAACAACUUAUCUUCGCAGCCGUUUGGUGGUCAAACACGCGACCUUGGCAGCCAUGUUGGCAGUCACUGCAUCUUGGCAGAGCUCAGGAGCCGCGGUGUACACAUCAGAUGUGGGACCCUUCCUGGGUGUCAUAGGUCAGACCGGCUUCACCCAGUUGAUCUUCGAUGUGAAAUCCAAUUGCCGAGACCAGCUGAGGGAUAUGAUCAAACUCGGCAUGCAGGAGCACUGGCUCAUUGAGGCAAAUCAGCUGCACUUCAACCCUGAGAAACUCAUCGGUCGAGGAAAUUAUGGCGUGAUUCUGCACGGCAAGCUGUUAGGGAUGCCUGUGGCGGUGAAACUUCCCUUGGCCAACGCAUCAUUGUCCCUCCCCGACCUGGCCAAUGAGCUACGGUUCUUGAGACGAGUGCGACAUCCUCACAUCGUGGCCUUUCAAGGAGCCUGCAUCCUACCAGAAGCGGAGAUGCUCUUUUUGGUUGAAGAAGUUGUCAAGGGAACUAGCCUUCAGGACCUUCUCCCGAAGAAGCUGGAACUUAGUGCGAAAGAGAAGCACAAUGUUUUGCUGGGCGUGUGUCGAGCCUUACGCUACCUCCACGGGCUUCGACCCUCCAUUGCCCACGGGGAUUUGAAGCCGACCAAUGUGUUGGUGCUCCAGCGUGACAAAACACCCAAGCUGAUUGACUUCGGCCUGUCGCGGAUCCGAGCCAAUAACAGCCGACAACUGGGAGGUACUCCACGCUACAUGGCUCCGGAGGUGCUGACCAAGACGGCUCAGAUGUCCCAAGCAGAUAAAGCCGAUGUGUUCUCCCUUGGUCGUGUUAUAUUCUUCACGCUGACAGAAAGCAAUCCCCUCCACGGUCUCUCUGUUCAGGACGUGGUGAGCGAAGCCGAGCGCCACGCCGUGCCGCCGCUCCAGUGGCCCAGCAGCCUCCCCUUCCACGAGAAGGCGCCCAAGUUGGCGGCGGAAUGUUUAAAGCCUGUACCUGCUGAGCGGCCGAAUGCAGCUCAAGUUGAAAAGGUACUCCGGUCCUGGAUGCCUUCGCCAAAUCUGAGUCCAGCUGAGGCCGAUGAGGAGGAUGCUGAUGGAGAUCCAGAGUUGCGUUUGGUGAACUGCUGUGCAGCCGCGGCGCGUUUGUAUCUCAUGCAGAAGAACCAGAUUUGA